AUGAGAAGCUGCUUCUGCGUGAGAAGGAGCCGAGACCCGCUGCCGCCGCCGCCGCCUUCGCAACCGCCACCGCCGCCGCUUCAGCGGGGAACAGACCAGUCCAUCAUGCCUGAAGUCAAAGACCUCUCAGAAGCCUUGCCCGAAAUGCCAAUGGAUCCCAUUACAGGAGUUGGAGUGGUUGCUUCUCGGAACCGGGCACCUACAGGCUAUGACGUAGUUGCACAGACGGCAGAUGGUGUGGACGCUGACCUCUGGAAAGACGGCUUAUUUAAAUCCAAGGUUACCAGAUACCUGUGUUUCACAAGAUCAUUUUCUAAAGAAAAUAGUCAUUUAGGGAAUGUUCUGGUGGAUAUGAAGCUCAUCGACAUAAAAGACACGCUACCUGUAGGCUUCAUCCCAAUUCAGGAGACUAUGGAUACACAGGAAGUUGCUUUCAGAAAGAAGAGGCUCUGUAUUAAAUUUAUCCCUAGAGAUUCAACUGAAGCAGCAAUCUGUGACAUCAGAAUCAUGGGCCGGACAAAGCAGGCACCUCCUCAGUAUACCUUUAUAGGGGAACUGAACAAUAUGGGAAUCUGGUAUCGAAUGGGCAGAGUCCCGAGAAAUCAUGAAUCACCUCAACCCACAACUCCUUCCCCAUCGGCAGCUUCAACACCAGCCCCUAACCUUCCAAGGCAUAUCUCCUUAACACUUCCUGCUACCUUCAGAGGCAGGAACAGCACUCGAACUGACUAUGAGUACCAGCACUCAAAUUUGUAUGCCAUAUCAGCUAUGGAUGGAGUGCCUUUUAUGAUUUCAGAGAAGUUUUCUUGUGUUCCAGAAAGUAUGCAGCCCAUUGAUCUCUUGGGGAUCACUAUCAAAUCUCUGGCAGAAAUAGAAAAAGAGUAUGACUACAGCUUCCGGACAGAGCAGAGCGCUGCUGCCAGACUCCCACCCAGUCCCACUAGAUGUCAGCAGAUACCACAGUCCUGAGGACCAGGCGGAAAGGAGGGGCAGGAACCAGUGGAAAAAGAGCUGCCCAGCACACAGACAGACACACACGCAC